AAAUAAAACAAAAACAUGCAUCUGGGUCACACUGCAUUCCGCGCAGGAUGAGAGUGUCGACGGCAACAGAAACGAUUAUGUCGAAUCGUGAUACGACAGAAAGAAGCGUAGAAACUAAGAUCAUGAAAAGAGGGAUAUAAAUUUUGGGGAAAUCACGGUUUCCGAAAUCUUCUCUCUUUCUCUCUCCUUCUUGAAUUUCAGACCCACAAAAUCGGAUUCCAAAUAGAGGGGAUUGAGCGGUUAAAAGAACGCAUUUUGCAGAAAAAAAUGGAAGAGGCAAAGGCAUUGCAGCAGCAACAUCAACAACUUCUGUUGCAACAGCAGCAACAACAACAUCAACAAAAUUUUCUGCUCUUACAGCAGUUGCAGAAACAGCAACAUCAGCAGCAGCAAGCAGCUGCAAUUUCUCGUUUCCCUUCAAACAUUGACGCUCACUUGCGACCUAUCAGACCCCUCAAUCUUCAACAAAACCCUAACCCUAACCCGAAUCAUCAUCCCAACCCUAACCCUAAUCCGAUUAUCAAUUUGCAUCAGAACCCUAAUUCCAACCACCUUCCGCCCCAGCAGCCGCAACAGCUCCCACAACAGCAACAGCAACAGCAGCAGCAGAAGAUUAUUCGACCCGGGAACCAGAUGGAGCUCCAGAUGGCAUACCAGGACGCGUGGCGGGUCUGCCAUCCGGACUUCAAGCGUCCCUUUUCUUCCCUUGAAGAUGCCUGCGAGAGGUUAUUGCCUUACCAUGUUGUGGCAGACUAUGAAGAAGAAGAGGACGAUAGGAUACUUGAUUCUGACACUACUGGCCAGAUGCUUUCACGGUCACAGCAGUGGGAUAAUAAUAUUGCUGCUAAAAUUGCUGAGUUCACUGCAACUUUUGAGAAACAAGCACUUGCCUUCAACAUAAUAACCCAAAAGAGAGGAUUGGGGGAAUUCCGGUCGGAGGAGAGAUUGAUGAUCGAGCAGGCACUUCUCCAAGAAGAAAAAAGAGCUAAUUAUGAAUUAAGAGCAGAGCUAGAGUCCAGGGAAAAGGCAGGCCGUGAAGCCCAUGAGGCAAAACUACGGAUGGCAGCAAUGUUUCAAGCAGAACAGGCACGGGCAGAUUUACAGUCUCAUGCUGAAAUGAUGUCUCGAGCACCCAUGAGAGGAAGUGCACUUGGUUCCCAAGGCAAUGACAUUGUGAUUGGCCAUGACAUGGGAGAGCAAGAUCAGGGAGGUAACCCUGGUGAGAUGAUUAAUGGAUGGGGAAACAGCACUCAGAGAGAUGAGAAGGAGCCAUCAGAGGAUUUCUUGAACGAUGAAGCUGAAAAUGGAGACACUGGAACCCAAGAUGGCUGGCGUGAAGUUGGUGAAUUUGAUUUGAAUGCUAGGUGAUUCUGGACAGUGAUUGAAUAAAGCCAGUUGGGAGAGUUUGAACUAUGUGUAAGGGAUCAAUAUCCAUUUUAAAAAUCAUUAUCCUGGGUAUCAAUCAAUGUCUUCAAGUUAGUAUCUUAAAGAUUACUUUCAAGAUCAAAAUCUAUUUCACAAGGGCGCAAGGAAAACUGUUGAACCAGUAUUAGAUUGGAUGAAUAUCAAAGUUUAUGCUCUAGACUAGUAUAGUGCACAUGGUUGAUCAUUGAGUGCUCAUAAGUGUUAUAUAUAAGCAUACAAAUUCAGUCAAAUGUAUAUCGUUAAUUUUCUGGAAAACUCUGGUUUCAUCGUUUUGGCAUUCCA